AUCCCACCCCGCCGUCGCAGGCGAAACUAGCUGCUCGGUCUCGAACCCGCCGCCGCGCGAGAUGGACGUGAGGUUCCCGCACUCGCCGGCCGAGGUGGCCAAGGUGGAGCUCGUGCAGUUCGGCAUCCUCAGCCCCGACGAGAUCAGACAAAUGUCAGUGGCACAAAUAGAAUAUGCAGAGACUAUGGAGAAGGGGAAGCCAAAGGCUGGUGGGCUUAGUGACCCUCGAAUGGGGACUGUCGACCGCAAAAUCAAGUGCCAGACGUGCAUGUCUGGGAUGGCAGAGUGCCCAGGUCACUUUGGUCACCUUGAGCUCGCCAAGCCCAUGUUCCACAUUGGCUUUAUGAAGACUGUACUGUCCAUUAUGCGUUGUGUCUGCUUCAACUGCUCCAAGAUCCUCGUGGAUGAGGAUAAUACCAAGUUCAAGCAGGCUCUAAAAAUCAGAAACCCAAAGAAUAGGUUGAAGAGAAUAUAUGAUGCUUGCAAGACCAAAAAGGUCUGUGGUGAGGGUGAUGACCUUGAUGUCCAGCAGCAGCAAGAUACUGAUGAGCAUGUAAAUAGAAGAGGUGGCUGUGGUGCUCAGCAACCAAUUAUUACAGUUGAUGGUGUGAAGAUGCUUGUGGAAUUUAAAGCACCAAAGAAGAAAAAUGAUGAUCAAGAGCAACUCUCUGAGUUAGUGGAACCGAAGCAGAUUCUCUCUGCUGAGAGGGUCCUUAACGUUCUCAAGAAUAUAUCUGACAAGGAGAGUCUUCUGUUGGGCUUACAUCCCAAAUUGGCCCGUCCAGAUUGGAUGAUACUCCAGGUUCUUCCAAUUCCUCCACCCCCUGUUAGACCUUCUGUCAUGAUGGGCACUUCUUCCAAAAGCGAGGAUGAUUUGACUCAUCAAUUAGCUAUGAUAAUUCGGCAUAAUGAGAACUUGAGGAGGCAAGAGAGAAACGGAGCUCCAGCUCACAUUAUAGAGGAGUUUUCUCAGUUGUUGCAAUUUCACAUUGCUACAUACUUUGAUAAUGAACUUCCUGGCCAACCCAGGGCCACACAGCGUUCUGGAAGGCCAAUUAAAUCAAUUUGCAGCAGGCUGAAAGCAAAAGAAGGCCGGGUUAGAGGAAACUUGAUGGGGAAGCGAGUUGAUUUCUCAGCCCGUACUGUUAUCACACCCGAUCCAAAUAUUAACAUUGAUGAAGUGGGUGUGCCAUGGAGUAUUGCUUUGAACCUGACAUAUCCAGAAACUGUCACUCCAUAUAACAUUGAGAGGUUGAAGGAACUUGUACUAAAUGGGCCUCAUCCUCCCCCAGGCAAGACAGGUGCAAAGUACAUUAUCAGGGAAGAUGGUCAGAGGCUUGAUCUUCGUUAUGUGAAGAAAAGCAGUGAUCAACAUUUGGAGCUUGGUUACAAGGUGGAGAGGCACCUCAAUGAUGGAGAUUUUGUUCUUUUCAAUCGGCAGCCAAGUCUUCACAAAAUGUCUAUCAUGGGGCAUCGAAUCAAAAUUAUGCCAUACUCAACUUUCCGAUUGAAUUUGUCUGUGACAUCACCAUAUAAUGCUGAUUUUGAUGGGGAUGAAAUGAAUAUGCAUGUUCCCCAGUCUUUUGAGACUAGAGCAGAAGUUCUGGAAUUAAUGAUGGUGCCAAAAUGUAUUGUGUCUCCACAAUCAAAUAAGCCUGUGAUGGGUAUUGUCCAGGACACGCUGCUUGGAUGUCGCAAAAUCACCAAAAGGGAUACUCUCAUUGAAAAGGACGUAUUUAUGAACAUAUUGAUGUGGUGGGAAGACUUCGAUGGAAAGAUUCCUGCUCCUGCCAUUCUCAAACCAAGGCCUAUUUGGACUGGGAAACAAGUUUUCAACUUAAUUAUCCCAAGGCAAAUAAAUUUAAUUCGGUUUUGUUCCUGGCAUUCCGAUGAAGAGAAAGGAUUUGUUACUCCCAGUGAUACUGUGGUCAGGAUAGAAAAGGGAGAGCUUCUAUCUGGCACACUUUGCAAAAAGACUCUUGGAACAGGCUCUGGGAGUCUGAUUCAUAUCAUUUGGGAAGAGGUUGGUCCAGAUGCUGCACGCAAGUUCUUAGGUUAUACGCAGUGGCUUGUCAACUACUGGCUUCUUCAAAAUGGUUUCAGUAUUGGAAUUGGGGAUAUGAUUGCAGACGCAGCCACAAUGGCUGACAUUAAUAAAGCCAUUUCUGGAGCUAAGGAUUGUGUGAAGAAGCUUAUUAAACAAGCACGUGACGAGCAAUUGAAAGCUGAGCCAGGACACACCAUGAUGGAAUCAUUUGAAAAUAAAGUAAAUGAGGCUCUCAACAAGGCUCGUGAUAAUGUUGGAAGCAAUGUGCAGAAUAACUUGUCUGAAAGCAACAAUUUGAAGGCUAUGGUCAGUGCAGGCUCAAAAGGCAGUUUCAUUAACAUUUCGCAAAUGGCUGCUUGUGUCGGACAACAAAAUAUUGAGGGCAAGCGGAUCCCAUUUGGUUUCAGUGAUCGAACAUUGCCACAUUUCACGAAAGAUGACUAUGGUCCUGAAAGUCGUGGAUUUGUGGAGAACUCUUACCUUCAGGGUCUGACACCGCAAGAAUUUUUCUUUCAUGCUAUGGGUGGUAGAGAAGGACUGAUUGAUACAGCUGUGAAGACUUCUGAGACUGGAUAUAUCCAACGGAGGCUUGUGAAAGCUAUGGAGGACAUCAUGGUGAAGUAUGAUGGCACUGUAAGAAAUUCCUUGGGAGAUGUCGUUCAGUUCAUAUAUGGGGAAGAUGGUAUGGACGCUGUUUGGAUUGAAGAACAGAAUUUGGACUCUUUGAAGAUGAAAAAAGAAGAGUUUGAUACUGUAUUCCGAUAUGAACUGGAUGAUGAGAAUUGGAGGCCUAACUACUUGCUGCCUGUCCAUUUUGAUGAUUUGAAGACCAUAAGUGAAUUCAGAAGUGUGUUAGAGGCGGAGGUUCAUAAGCUAGAAGCUGACAGGUUCCAGCUUGGAACUGAGAUUGCUACAAAUGGUAGUCAUACAUGGCCUUUGCCUGUCAACCUCAAGCGGCUUAUCUGGAAUGCCCAGAAGACAUUCAAGAUUGACAUCAGAACAUGUUCUGACAUGCACCCAAUAGAAAUUGUGGAAGCGAUAGAUAAGCUGCAAGAAAGACUGAAAGUUGUGCCUGGUGAUGAUGCUAUAAGCAUUGAGGCCCAGAAGAAUGCCACCUUGUUCUUUAAUAUCCAUCUUCGUGCCACAUUUGCUAGCAAGAGGGUCUUGAGGGAAUACAGGCUUACAAGGGAAGCAUUUGAGUGGAUUAUUGAUGAGAUUGUUUGGAGGUUUUCUCAGUCUUUGGUGGCCCCUAGUGAAAUGAUUGGAUGUGUUGCUGCACAGUCCAUUGGGGAACCAGCAACUCAAAUGACUCUGAAUACCUUCCAUUUUGCUGGUGUCAGUGCCAAGAAUGUUACUCUUGGAGUUCCCAGAUUGAGAGAGAUCAUUAAUGUCGCCAAGAAGAUAAAAACUCCAUCAUUGUCUGUUUACCUAAAGCCUGAGGUGAACAAGACGAAAGAAUUGGCUAAGAGUGUCCAAUGUGCUUUAGAGUACACCACACUGCGCAGUGUGACUCAUGCCACUGAAGUAUGGUAUGAUCCUGAUCCUAUGGGAACCAUCAUUGAAGAGGAUUUGGAAUUUGUCCUGUCAUAUUAUGAAAUGCCUGAUGAGGAUAUUGACCCGGAUAAGAUUUCUCCUUGGCUGCUGCGUAUUGAGCUUAAUCGUGAGAUGAUGGUUGAUAAGAAGUUGAGCAUGGCUGAUAUCGCCAAUGAGAUCAACCGCGAAUUUGAUGGCGACUUAUCAUGCAUAUUCAGUGAUGACAAUGCAGAUAAACUUAUUCUUCGCCUGCGCAUCAUAAAUGAUGAAGCUUCAAGAGGAGAAAUACUAGAUGACUCCGCUGGAGAUGAAGUUUUCCUCAAGAAGAUAGAGAGUAACAUGUUGGCAGAGAUGUCUCUUCGAGGCAUUCCGGAUAUUAACAAGGUGUUUAUAAAAGAGGUGAAAGUUAACAAAUUUGAUGUGAGUGAUGGUUUCAAAGAACACAAGGAGUGGAUGCUUGAUACAGACGGUGUCAAUCUCUUGGCUGUCAUGUGUCAUGAGGAUGUCGAUGCUACAAGAACAACAAGUAACCAUUUGACUGAAGUGAUUGAGGUUCUUGGAAUUGAGGCUGUUCGUAGAGCUCUUUUGGAUGAACUUCGGUCGGUCAUAUCGUUUGAUGGAUCCUAUGUAAAUUAUAGGCAUUUGGCUGUUCUUUGUGAUACAAUGACAUACAGAGGUCAUCUGAUGGCUAUUACAAGGCAUGGUAUCAACCGCAAUGACACUGGACCUCUUAUGAGAUGUUCUUUUGAAGAAACUGUGGAUAUCUUGCUCGAUGCUGCUGUACAUGCCGAAUCUGACUACCUGAGAGGUGUCACUGAGAACAUUAUGCUUGGCCAGCUUGCUCCUAUUGGUACUGGAGGCUGCUCGCUAUUUCUGAAUGACCAGAUGCUGCAGCAGGCCAUUGAACUUCAACUCCCAAGCUAUGUGGAUGGGCUGGACUUUGGCAUCACAUCAGCACCUUCACCUCUCUCUUCACCUCUCUCUGGGUCGUCAUAUCAUGAAGGAUUGAUGUCCUCGAGUCAUCUCCUGAGUCCAGAUUUUAGGCACUCCCCCAUUGAUACAUAUGCUUCGUUUUCGCCAUAUGUCAGAGAUAUGUCGUUGUCACCUGUUCCUUCACAAGGUGGUUACUCUCCAAUUCCCAGGUCGGAAAGUGGUUACUCUCCGAUUCCCAGGUCGGUAAGGUACAUGGCUGUAUCACCGAUAUAUACUCCAUACAAUGCUGCAUCACCAGUUAAUGCUUCUACUUCAACAUCAUAUACUCCAGUAAGUCCGGUUUACUCACCCACAACUCCAGUUUACACGCCCAUGAGUCCAGUUUACUCCCCAACGACUCCAGUUUCUUCGCAAAUUCAGUCAUACUCGUCCGCAUCUCCAAUUUAUAAUCCUAUAUCUCCUAACUCAUCAAGAUAUAAUCCUUCUUCUCCAAGUUUUAGUCCCACUUCCACAUCACCAUCAUAUAGUCCAGCAUCAGCAUCGUAUAGCCCAACAUCACCAUUCUAUAGCCCUACGUCUCCAUCAUACAGUCCUGCAUCACUCUCAUACAGCCCAACAUCACCAUUCUAUAGCCCUACGUCUCCAUCAUACAGUCCUGCAUCACUCUCAUACAGCCCAACAUCACCAUUCUAUAGCCCUACGUCUCCAUCAUACAGUCCUUCGUCACCCUCAUACAGCCCAACAUCACCUACGUACAGUCCUACAUCACUUGGUUACAGCCCAACAUCGCCUGGUUAUAGCCCGACCUCACCAACUUACAGCCCAACAUCGCCAAACUACAGCCCCACUUCACCAAGCUACAAUCUUUCGUAUACUGAGUACAAUUCUUCCAACACUUACUCUCCAACCAGACCAAGGAUCACUCUAGACAGCCAGGCUCCAGACUACAGUCCAACUUCGCCGACUUACUCACCGACUUCACCAUCAUAUUCAUUACCAAGUCUGUCAUACAGCCCAAACAGUAACUUGUGUAGGCCAACUGAUGACUCUGGAAGACCUAGCCCAGAUUAUAGCCCAACCUCUCCAAAUUUCAGCCCUAACAGAAGUGACUCCCCCACUGCGGCUGACUACUCCCCAUCCUCCACUGGCCAAGCCAUUGAAAAGGACGGCGAGACCAGCCACUGAAACGAUGAGAAAAGAUUUUGGUGAUGGCUGCAGAGGAAGAAAUGAAUCCAUUGCAAUAUUCCGUUUCUUUCUGCUUUUGUACAGCUGAGCGCAUGAUUUAGACGAAUGCCCGAAAUCUACAUGAAGUGCUGGCUCCGAACUCUUGUAGCAAAUGUAAAUGUGUCCUGCAGGAAUUUCAAAUUUUAAUGGCUAAACGACCUUUGUAAGUGUCUGUAAGUGUCUGUAAGUGAUUUGGAGCAAAUACGACCUUUGUGGAAGGCUAUAUUUUCCAGACAAGGAACCGUAGUAUGGUAUACAUGAGAAUGCGUCUGCUUCUCUUUCUGAUCA